CACCGAGCCGGCAACCCCAUACAAAUAACAAACCGUUUACGCCUGUUACCGUUAUUAUCGUCCUUACUCGUUUCUCCAUUCUCUAGCUUCCUUCCUCUCAAACCCUGAAACGCACCAUGGAUCCCAAUCCCAAAAACUUCCCUGUUCUCUCCUACGUCAUGGCCCGUCUCCCUUCUCUUGGAGCUAGAACCCCCACCGCCUCCGCCUUCGCCUCCCAAUUCGACAUCGAACAACCGGAUCCCUCCUCUACGGGACAAUCGAGUCAGUCAGAUAUGAUUGUUAAUCGAAUGCCUCAUUUGUCUGAUCCCAAGCUCAUCUCCUCCAUGAGGCACGCGAUUCACGACGUUUACCAGACCCGAUCGGUUCUCCAGGCUCUCGGCCCACGCCCUGACCAUGAGACUGUCGACAAGGCUAAAGCGAAACUCUCCGAAAUCGAAAGCAGUCUGUCAAAAUCGCUGGAGGAAAUCGUGCUAUUGCCUCGCCCGGCUGAGGUGGAUCGCUUGGAAUGGCGGGCGCACUUGGCGGAGAAAGAGAAGGAAUGUAGAGAGAAAGCGGAGAAGGAGAAAAGCCUGUACAAUUCGAUUUUACAAGUAGAUGAGAUGCACGAUGCUUAUGAGAAGAUGUUGAAGGAGGCGGAAGAGCGAUUGGUUAAGAUUUAUGAGAAAGUGGAAAAUGCAGACGGCAGUGACGUCUUACCUGCAAGGGAAGAAAUCAAUGAGGCUGUUGUAGGAGUGCUUCAAGAAGCUUCUGGAAAGCCCCUGGAAAGAGUAGAUUUGUCUUGCAGACGCCUGAGGUUCCUGCCAGAAGCUUUUGGAAGAAUAUCUGGAUUGAAAGUGUUCAAUUUGUCUGAUAACCAGCUCGAGCUUAUUCCUGACUCAAUAGCUGGAUUAACGAAUUUGGAAGAACUUUAUCUGGGUUCAAAUCUUUUAGAGACUCUACCUGACUCCAUUGGAUUGUUAUAUAAUUUGAAAAUCCUUGAUGUCUCUGGAAACAAACUAAGUGCUUUACCAGAUUCCAUUUGCCAAUGCAGGUCAUUGGUGGAGCUGAAUGCAGGCUUCAACCGCCUAUCAUAUUUGCCAACUAAUAUUGGAUUUGAAUUAGUGAAUCUACAAAAGCUUUCAAUUCCUUUGAACAAGAUUCGUUCGCUUCCGACUUCAAUUGGUGAGAUGAGGUCUCUGCGGUAUCUGGAUGCUCACUUCAAUGAGCUCAAUGGUCUCCCACUAUCAAUUGGGAAAUUGACGAAUCUUGAGAUCUUCGAUCUCAGCAAGAAUUUCAGUGAUCUGACUGAACUUCCUGAAACGUUUGGUGAUUUGAUAAACCUGAAGGAACUUGAUCUCAGUAACAAUCAGCUUCAUGCUCUUCCUGAUUCAUUUGGCCGACUUGACAAUUUGACCAAACUCAACGUGGAUGAGAAUCCUCUUGUAAUUCCACCGAUGGAGGUUGUGAAGAAAGGAGUUGAAGCUGUCAAAGAAUUUAUGGCCAAGAGGUGGCUUGAACUACUAGUGGAGGAGGAAAGGAAAAGCAUGAUGAAAGCAAAUGAAGUGGCACAGACAGGAUGGCUGAACCGCAGCACCUCAUGGGUGAAAACUCAUGUUUCUGUUGUUACUGAAGCUGUCUCAGAAUAUUUAAGUCCUAGGGGCAGUCCCAGGGGCAGUCCUAGGGACCCUUGCCUUGAUCAACAGCUUUAACUGCAUGCUCCACGAAUAUCUGGAGUAUCAAAAUUCCUGAUUUGGGAAACAAUGGGAUUUGUCACUGUUUAUGUAGUUGCUCUUUCUUAUUCAAACUAAUCAAUAAGGGCAGGUCACAAAGAGAUGAAUCUCCAACAAUUUUGCUGCUAGGGAGUUUUUAAGAGUAUGGUGUUUAGUAAAUUACUUAUAACUAUGUUUUUCUGAUAGCCAUAACUGUACAUUAAAGAAACUGGUAUUUGAAUUCGUGUUAUAUGUUGAAAUAAGUAUGUCAUUGGAUUUUCUGUUAAUGAAGAUACUCAUUUGCCA